CCGCCGCGAUGUGAUCCGGGGAGGCGGAAGGCGCUGCCCGCAUGGCCGCGGGGGGGCCCGGCAGGAAUGUGGCCCUGGGCAGCGGUCCCCGGGACGGCAUGAGGCGGGAUGGCGGCACCGAGCCCUACUGGUCCAGGCCCGAGGCCCGUGUGUGGACGGUGAUGUUGCUGCUGGGGACGUGCCUGCUGUACUGUGCCCGUGUCACCGUGCCCAUCUGUGCCGUGGCUCUCAGCUCCUACUUCGACUGGGACAAGAAGCAGUUCGGCAUCGUGCUCAGCAGCUUCUUCUGGGGCUACUGCUUGACACAGAUUAUUGGAGGACACAUCAGUGAUCAAAUAGGAGGUGAGAAAGUCCUCCUCCUUUCAGCAUCAGCCUGGGGGUUCCUCACAGUCCUCACCCCACUGCUCACCCACAUCACUUCAGCCCAUCUGGUUUUUAUGACCUCCUCCAGGUUCCUCAUGGGGCUGCUGCAAGGGGUGUACUUCCCAUCCCUGGCCAGCCUGCUGUCCCAGAGGGUCCGGGAGAGUGAGCGAGCCUUCACCUACAGCACAGUGGGGACUGGAUCACAGUUUGGGACGCUGCUGAUUGGUGGUGCAGGAUCUCUCCUCCUGGAUUGGUACGGCUGGGAAAGUGUUUUCUACUUCUCUGGUUUGCUCACGUUGCUCUGGGUUUAUUGCACCUGCAAAUACCUCCUGAGUGAGAAAGAACUCACCAUCCCCAUGAACUAUUUAACGAGAGGGCUCUCGAUACCCAAGCAGACCAAAGUUCCCUGGAAGCAGCUGUUUAGGAAGGCACCGAUCUGGGCUGUCAUCAUCGCUCAGCUCUCCACGGCCAGCACCUUCUUCACCCUCCUCUCCUGGCUGCCGACUUUCUUUAAGGAAACCUUUCCCGAGUCCAAGGGUUGGGUGUUUAAUGUAGUCCCCUGGCUGGUUGCAAUUCCAAUGAGCUUGUUCAGUGGAUUUCUGUCUGAUCAUUUAAUCAGUCAAGGGUACAGAACCAUCACCAUUCGUAAGUUCAUGCAGGUCAUUGGCUCUGGUGUCUCAAGCAUUUUUGCUUUGUGCCUGGGCCAGACCUCCAGUUUCUGCAAAGCAAUAGUGUUUGCCUCAGCCUCUGUUGGACUGCAGACCUUUAACCACAGUGGCAUCUCGGUAAAUGUGCAGGACCUGGCCCCCUCGUGUGCUGGCUUGCUGUUUGGGGUUGCAAAUACAGGUGGAGCCCUCCUAGGUGUCAUUUGUGUGUACCUGGCUGGAUACCUGAUUGAGACCACUGGCUCCUGGAUUUCUGUGUUCAACCUGGUGGCUGCUGUGAACAGCAUUGGGCUCUGCACAUUCCUCCUCUUUGGAGAGGCCCAGAGGGUGGACACAGACUCUGUGUACGUGGAUCUUUAGAGAUGAGCCCAAGG